AUGGCACCCCGUUCAUCUGGAGCAGACAAUCAAAGCGCCCAGGCACCAAAGUUAACACCCUACCAUCAUCGAAGCAAGACGAAUGCGCCCAAAUAUGUCACUUUCUACCACAUCACAGACGAAGCCGAGUUGUGGUUUGGCCAGAGCUCCAAGAACAAGAGGGAGCUGACUCUGGACGAGUACCGCGACGAGCUGGAACGAGUCCCUGACGAGGAAAUAUACCCCAAGAUCCCGACAGACAUCGAGCUCACCAUUGCGCCGGAGAACAUUGACUGCCCAGUGUACAUCAAGCGUCCCGGCCUCAACUGCUACGAAACCAUGAAGGGCACGCCGUUCGUACCGAAAGCCGUCCUUGAUGAGACUUUGAUACUGGAAAAGAUAUUCAAGACCCAGCACCUGAACAUUGUCGAGUACUACGGCUGUCAGACGAAGCGUGGCCGCAUCACCUGCAUCGUCCUGAAGCAGUACGAUUACACGCUCUCUCAAUACAUCCAUCAGCCAGCUUUUCAGCACCUAGACAAGGCAAGAUUUUUGGAAGCUCUGGACUCGGCAGUGGCAUUCAUUCACUCGCUGGGCCUCGCACACAACGAUACCAACCCAGACAACAUCACGAUCGGAGAGGACGGGCUACUUGUUCUUCUAGACUUCGGCUCAUGCGCGCCGUAUGGACACAAGCUUCAGUCGUUGGUUACCAGAGGAUGGUACGAAAAGCUGUUUUUCACAUCCGAGAAGGAACACGAUGAUUUCGCUACGGACUAG